AUAAGAGGCUGGGAGAUUUGGAGGAGUCGCAACCGCGAGUGAUGUCAGGCUUGGCCGAAAAUAGAGAGGGAUAGAGUGCAAAUCCACAGCUAAACCUUCCAAUCCAGCCUCAGCCAACACCAUGGCAAUGUGAAGUCACCCAGCACCUCUUAUACACACACACACACACACACACACAUCCCCCCCUCCCCGCCUUCUCUCUCUCCCCCUCCUUCACAAACACAUUCACACACACACGCACACUCCGUCCUCGCCCUCUCCAGCCGGGGAAUGAAGCCAGCCAAGGAGUCGCGCACAGGUGGCCACGCUGCCUAAGCCUUGCCCUCGCCCACCACGCAUCUGCCCCCGGGUUUUUCGUCCGCCUCUCUUUGCAUCUCUCCCCACCCGCCGCCCCGACGUCCCCCUCCCGGCUUCUCUCUGUCUCUCUCUCGAAGACAUUCAAGCCGCCCGAAGACGUUGAGGAAUCUCCCUCCAAGGCGGGGGAGGUGACGGGGGAGCAGCUUUCGAGAGCCAGGCUUCUGGAUGUUCGUCUUUCCCAAUCGGGAGGAUUGUACCAGGCAGGAACUACAAGGAGAUCCCGGAAGCCAACAAUAAAAGGACGAGGUCCCCCUACCCGCCCCUCUAAACCCUUGGAUUUCUUCAGAAGACAGACCAGGGGCUUGGACAGGACCAUGGCAUCUCCGGAAGGAUGUGUGCACUGUAUUUCGGGAAGUGAGGUACAGUGCAUAGAGUCCAGUGGGGGCUGACUCCUGAGUACACGCGCCAUAGGAUCGGGCUGCACAGAGCACGGGAGAGAAAGUGAAAGAAACUCGCACCCAAGACUUCUGCAACUGCCUUGAUUUCUGCGAACCGCCGCGAAAAUGGAGAGGCGACGAAGAAAGUAACUGGGACGGAGUUUGGGUGCCAACAACAUGCCAAAGCAGGUAGAAGUGCGGAUGCAUGAAGGCCACCUGAGCCCAGUGGAACCUCGUCCAAGACAUCUGUGUGCACAACUAUGCUAUUCAUUUCGAAAAAAUCUGCUCCUUUCACUUACUAUAUUUGGUGUCAUCAUGGGUGCUGUAUGUGGUGCUCUCCUUCGAAUGGCAACACCUAUUAAUCCUGAUAUUGUCAUGUUGAUAGCCUUCCCGGGAGACAUCCUCAUGCGAAUGCUAAAAAUGUUGAUUCUCCCAUUAAUUAUUUCAAGUUUAAUCACAGGUCUCUCUGGUUUGGAUGCUAAAGCUAGUGGACGACUAGGUACAAGAGCCAUGGUUUACUAUAUGUCUACUACUAUCAUUGCUGCUGUAUUGGGGGUCAUUCUGGUCUUAGCCAUUCAUCCAGGAAACCCCAAACUCAAGAAACAGCUGGGAGAAGGAAAGAAGAACGAUGAAGUCUCCAGUCUGGAUGCUUUCUUGGAUCUCAUCCGAAAUCUGUUUCCUGAAAACCUCGUCCAAGCAUGCUUCCAGCAGAUUCAAACGGUCACCAAGAAAGUACUUGUCCCUCAAGACACUGAAGAACCAGCCAAUGUUACAGAAUCCAUAUUUGCUAUGAUGAAUGAGACAGAAGUAACUCCAGAACCCGAAAUGGUUAUUAAGAAGGGCCUUGAGUUUAAGGAUGGAAUGAAUGUUUUAGGUCUCAUUGGGUUCUUCAUUGCUUUUGGCAUUGCAAUGGGCAAAAUGGGAGAACAAGCCAAGAUGAUGGUGGAUUUCUUCAAUAUCUUGAAUGAGAUUGUAAUGAAAUUGGUGACCAUGAUCAUGUGGUAUUCUCCAUUGGGCAUUGCCUGUCUCAUCUGCGGGAAAAUCAUUGCAAUCAAGGACUUGGAAGUAGUUGCUAGGCAACUAGGCAUGUACAUGGUAACUGUGAUCAUAGGCCUUGUCAUCCAUGGAGGGAUAUUCUUACCUUUAUUGUACUUUGUUGUAACAAGGAAAAAUCCCUUCUCAUUCUUUGCUGGCAUCUUCCAAGCAUGGAUUACUGCUCUGGGCACUGCUUCAAGUGCUGGUACAUUACCAGUUACCUUCCGCUGCCUAGAAGAAAACUUGGGCAUUGAUAAGCGUGUGACAAGAUUUGUCUUACCUGUGGGAGCCACUAUUAACAUGGAUGGGACUGCCCUUUAUGAAGCAGUGGCUGCCAUCUUCAUUGCACAAAUGAAUGGAGUUGUCUUGGAUAGUGGACAGAUAGUCACUGUCAGUCUGACGGCCACCCUUGCAAGUGUCGGUGCUGCCAGUAUACCAAGUGCAGGACUGGUUACCAUGCUUCUCAUCCUCACUGCAGUGGGUCUUCCCACUCAGGACAUCAGCUUACUUGUUGCUGUAGAUUGGCUCUUGGACCGAAUGAGAACAUCAGUCAAUGUUGUAGGAGACUCAUUUGGAGCUGGCAUUGUCUACCAUCUUUCUAAGGCAGAGUUGGAUAAUAUAGAUUCCCAUCACAGAGUUCAUGAAGAUAUUGAAAUGACGAAGACUCAGUCAAUUUAUGAUGACCUGAAAAAUCACAAGGGAAACAGUUCAAAUCAAUGUGUUUAUACAGCUCACAACUCUGUCAUAAUAGAUGAAUGCAAGGUAACCUUGGCAACCAAUGGCAAAUCUGCUGACUUCAAUGCUGUUGAAGAAGAACCCAGGAAACAUGAGAAAUAAGAGAGGAACAGUCAGUGUUCAUCUUUAAUAAUUGCUGAAAGUUCUCUGAUGAUAAAAGCUGACAUUAAGAUUCAUGAUUUUUUCUUUUUUCUUUUUGCAUCAACAAAUAUUUGCUUUUAUUUAGUACUGUUAACUUAGAAAAGGUCUUAUAAAAUCAUUGUUCCUUUAGUGUCUUUGCCAAAUAAUGCUGUAUUGCCAUCUGUCUCACUUGUGUUAGAACUUGAACGAAUGCAGCUGAAAGAUACUAUCUUGGUUUUAGAAAUGCAUUUUUGCUGGGCUACCCCUUUCUCAUUCAAGACACAGAGAAUGUAGAUUCUGCAAUAUGGAAAAAUCAUAAAGCCAAAAUGGCUGUCUUGCUCCAGGGACUUGGGCUAACAAGCAUUAAGUACUGUGUAACCUAUUCAGUGUUUGCAUUCCUCUUAACCUGCUGUACAUAUAUGAAUGAGCACUUCAGUGCAUACUGAAUACAGUUAUCAUUGUGGCAGUAUGGUAUAUAGCACUGUAAAUGUUUUACAUGUGCUUUGUUAAUAGCAUGUGGCAUUUUGGAUUCUAUGUUAUCUAAGCCAACUUCCAAUGGAUUGUUUUAUACUGCAUUUCUAAGUGUAGUCAUCAUAACAUAGACCGUCAUGCAUGUCUGAUAUAUGCAUACAAUCAGGGAUUAUUAGUUUGGGCACAGCAGACCCCAUCCCAGUUCUGUGGCCCAUAAACCUCUUCUUGAAAGAGGGAAGAAAGCUGCUUCUAGUUUCAUGGUGCAUGUAUGCACUGUUCCCAGAAAUGAAUUAACUUCCUGAGACUCUGUGUGUAACUGGUUUCAUUCAUGGAAAUUACGGAAAUUAAUUCAUCUCAUGAUAUUUAUGAUUGUGAAGCUAGAUGAAUGGUAUCUGACCAUUCAGCUUUCAGAGCAAUAACUGAUUCCAAGAAAUAUGCCAUUCACACCAGUUGGCACAAUGUCAUAUAGAACUGGAAACUUUGCCUGUGUUUGAAUUUAGUGGCAUCCAAGGUGACAGCAAUACUGUUAACAUCCUAGUCAACCUAGCUGAGCAGGACAACCCUCUGUGACUAUCUUAUUACUCAUGUGCUGAGAUUUGGAAGGGGGUAAGGUUUUUCUGGAAAAACUCUGUCUACAGAUACUUAGUUGACAUUAUUUUGUCAAGAACAGGUUAUUAUAUUUAAUUUCAACUAUGUCAUUUAAUAUCUAGCAGUUAUUUAUUUACUGGUUAAGAUGCUUUAUUUGGUAUACUAGUCAUUUUCUUCUUUCACAUCUGGUUCUAUAAACUGAUCAUCCUGUAAAUUGUCCUGCAGCACAAGCACAAAAGGCCACAUUAUGCCAAAUGAUUUGGGGGCCCAGUCAUCACGAGAACGGAAAGUUGUAGAAUACCAAGUUUAAUUUGCAGUAACACCAAACAGUGUGCCACAAAUGUAAGCCAUUAGGAAAAAUCUAGAAACAGGAAUGGGACCUAUGAAUCUUUUGCUGGUGUGUUUUCCUGCAAAAUCUUAUAUGUACUAACAUUCUCCAUGAGAAAGGAUCUUCUUACGCCCCUUUAUGUCUUCCUCCAUUUGUUAUCAUAAGCAAGCAGUCUUUAAGCAGCAGUUGAAGAAACGCUUGUUAGGGAUGCUGUAAGCUGUUCCAGCAUUGAGCAGGGGGCUGAAGUCGAUAGCUCUUUUCAACUGUGUGAUUCUAUGCAGACACUGUGACAGACCACCACAAAGACUGAAGUUCACUCAUGCCUCCUACAUCUCAGUCUAACCAUUCUCUUUUGAUGUAUUGUUGAAUAUUUUCCAGGAUGGAAUCAACUGGCUGUUGUGGGUUUUCUGGGCUGUGUGGCCGUCAUCCGGUAGUUUUUGUUCCUAACUUUUCAUCUACAUCUAUGGCUAGCAUCUUCAGAGAUAUGUCAAGAUGAGGUGUGUUUCUCUCCGUGACACAGUGAGAAGCGAUUGUAUGGUGGGGUAUAUAUUUUGUACACCACACAGGGAAGUGAGGCAUAUUUGCAUGUGUCUGAAUGGAGUUCAUUUGCAAUCACAUCUUUGGACAUGUAGUUUUGAAUGUGAUUGAAGAUGCCAGAUGUGCAUACGGGUGAAACAUUACCAGACCAGGACCACAUAGCCUGGAAAACCCACAACCACCAUUCUCUUUUGCUUGGUCAAGUUUAAUAAGCUGUGGAAUUUCUAUAAUUUGACUGGCUAUAGGAGGAAGGCUGGGUAAUAGGAGGUGCUGACUGGCUUCCUUUUCCUGUCUAAUUGGCCACAUUGCAUGCUUGUCUACCUAGGACCAGGAAUAAGACAGAGUUACAUUGAGCUCUAAGGAAUUCUCUCUGCAAGCAAGCAUUGUCAGAGAUUUUGUACUCUGACAUAUGGUGUAAUCUUAAACAGACUUACUCCUUUCUAAACCCAUUGAUUUCAACGGUCUUAAAAGGGUAUGUCUAUUUCAGAUUGCCUUGAUAAUGUUUUCCAUAAAUCUUAGUUGAAUUAUUUACCUAUCCUCUAUAUUUACCCACAAAUAAAUAAAUGUAAGCAAACAUAAUAGAGAUUGUUUACAUGUGUUUGAGAUUGCUUACACAAACAUAUUCCACCCCAUUUUUGAAUGGUAUUAAAUACAGAAUUGAGACAAAAUAAUAAGAGAACAUGAUCCCCAAACCAUGUUUCAUGCUGACAUUUUUAGACAAACCAUUACUGUCUGUUUUGAAUCAGUGUUCAAACUUAGAAGGAAGGUAUAGGUCAAAGGUCUUGACCUCAGCUGAAAUGGGGAGACAUUUCGCAUGUGGUAGUAAAGAAUUAGAGUCUUGGAACUGAUAGAGGUAAAAAGAAUUAAAAGACUUAGUGGAAACAGUUUUGUAUUUUUAGAAACUCAGGGAAGUUUAAACUUAAGACAUUCCUUUUCUUAAAAUUUAAAAACAGGGGGGGACCAACAAUUUCAUUUGGUGCUUGCUCAAAUCUGCCAGAUCAGUUCUGCCAUACAGUUUUGCAGUCUUAGCUGGUUAUUUUGGGCAUCAAAAAAGUGGCCUUUUUUCUUAAUUUCAAAUGUGAGUGGACAGAGCUUACUGGAAAAUACUUUCUUACCUUCAUAUAAAUAUUACCCUUUUUGUAUUUGCUUGAAUUAUGCCUCCCAUAUUAAAUAUCUCCAUCAUCACGAAACUUCAUUUACCAAGCUGCACAGAUAAGUCAACAAUAAUAUAUAUAACUGAAUGUGUCCUUUUUUCUAUCCAUCCUGUUUAUACUUGUAAUAACUAUAUGGAGAAUGAGCAACAGGAAACAAUUAGGAUUAUUACUUGGAGCAUGUUAAAUUGAAGACUGUGACAUUUUAGUGCUGGUUUAGCCUGUUUUCCAGUUAGAAGAUGUCCUUAUUCUGUUGCUUUUCCUAUUAUGCUCAUAAGCCAAUUUCUGUUUCAUUCCUUUCCUUGAAGUCAAAUGCUGUAGCUAGUCAAUGUAAUAAAUUUACCAAUGCAGAUCCUACUCUUGAAAAGGAAACUUUGCACCAGCAUUUUGGGUGAAAGAGAUGUUUGCUUGAUACAGCUAUGAGAGUUUUUGUACAAUGGAAAGGACCUUGUUAUUCCUUUUAAAACUAUUUAUUCAAAAACAAUCUAAAUUUUCAAAAUGUAGGCUAUCUAUCUUGCACUGAAGGCAAUGGAAAUUGAGGACACAGUACCUUAAUCUCGAAGAAUUUUGUAAGCUGGUUAUAUACAAAAUAUAUAUACGGUAACUCUUAGAGCUAGUUAAAGUCUCAUGAGAGCGGGGCUGAAUUGGCCGUUAUCGCCAGCUAUUCUACUUCUGCUAUCCCCAUCUUCCUGUCCUUGUUAACUUUCUGACCACUGUUUUCCUAGUUAUUUUUUAACUGUUCCACAUGCCUCUCUCAUCCUCCUUGCCUGCUCUUAGCUUAUCUAUUGCCUCAGAUCUAGAUAAUGACUAUGAUCACAAUUGUACAGCAAAUUUGAGGGAAGGUGGGAAGAAGUUCCAGCAAUAAAGGCAGCUCAAAGGCAGGGAGCACAAGCAAUUGUCCCACUCUACUCAAUAUAUGAUGGAUGCAACAUAGCAUGGCAGUAAUUGUAGUGGAACAUUUGACAUCUUUCACAGUUGUGGAUCAACUUUUGGAACUAUAAAUUGCAUUUAUUUCUUAUCCUACUAUUCCUGCAUUGUACUAAUGUACUGUAAAUAGUUUUGGGAAUGGUUUUAAAGGAAAACACUACAUAUCCUUUGCGUCCCAGAAAAGGCAACAAGUUCAAAAUAUGCUACCUUGGGUCACCAUUGGGAAGAAAGCCAAGGCUAUACAUGAAUUAAAUACAUUUUUAAAAAUCAAAUAAUAUAUAGCAUCACCUAAUUUUCCACAGGCUGCUUGUUCUUUUUCAAAUUUAGUUGCUGCUUGUGUUCCUGACCAUCAGAUGCAAUAAAGUCAUUGGAAAUUGCUGUCUUUUGGAGGCCUUUGAUUCCACUGGGGAAUGCAUAGCUUGUUGCUAUUAUUACCAAUUUGAGUGGUGUUACCUGUCUGAUUGUGCCCCAGCCUGGAAUCAAAUGUGGGGUGAUCCAGUUUCAUAUGGCACAUUAUUGGUUCAAUUUUGACUGUGUGUUUGUCUAAGCUGAAUCCAUAACUAGACCCAUUUCUGUGGUGCUGCAAGUUUUACUGUCACACCAAGAAUGUGCUAUCAUUAUUUUAUUCUGUGCUAUCAUUAUUUUAUUCACAUUCCAGCUGAGCACAUGAAUCCUUGCUAGGAAGCUACACACACACACAUUUUUUUUAGAGUGCCACAAUAAAGUGGGGAGAUACUUCAUUAUUUAAAACACCGCUUUUUGAAAGUUGUUUCUCGCAUAUAAUUUGCAACCUGAUAUAGAUUUAUACUAGAAUUCUUCCCUCCCUAUGGCUGUUUAAGUAAUGCUUAUAUUGUGAUAUAAAAGAGAAAAGACAAAUAUUGCAAUUGUGAAUAUGUUCACUGCUAUCUGGAGCUUCUUGUGUGCUCUUUAGCUCACAAUUGUCCUUCUGUACAUUGCAGAGAUCCCUGUUCCUUUGAGCAGAGGGAGUGAUCUAUAUGUUUAGAGGAACACACAGAUAGACUGGUAACUUCCUAACUGCUAGAUCAAGAUGAUUUGGAAUUAAGUUCCAUGCUCUACAUGCUCAAGUAAUGUCUUUAGGAACAGUACCGGUAUUAUGAAAACGAACAUAUUCACUGUCAUAUGAUGAUUUUACAAAAAUACAUAUUUAAGUCAAGAAAACCAGCACAAUUUAAUGUUGUCAAUCUUUUACAUCAAUUAGCCAAUAGUAUUUUGCACACAAUUUAGAAUAAUCCACAAGGACUUUGCUCUCUGUGGUUUUUCAAGCACUUUUCCAAAGCUUGAUAAUGGAAGAAUUUUUUCAAUCUGUACUGCAGAUUUGAACAUUUCAUUUUUGACUUCUUCCAACUUUCUUCUUAAAGCUUUCUGAUGAGUACUGCAACAUUUGCCCCCUUUUUGUGUGAACUGUAAUUUAUAGAAUUCUUGAGAAAAAUAACAUACAUCUGCUUCUUAAGUUCUGUACUCAUGCAUCCAUUUUGUCACAGCUUUGUGCAUUAAUACCUGUACCACAAACUACAAUGUAGACUGAAUUAACAUAUUUAGUAUCUGUAAUUUACAGAAAUACAGAUAUUUUCUUAUACUAUUUUCUAUGUAAACAUAUAAGACAGAGAAGAAGGGGUUAAACAUCCUUACAGGAAAUCCAUAUUAAAGAAAAAGCAAUAGAUUUUCUUAUUUAUAUAGAUAAAUAAAUAAUAAUAAUUUGUUAUGCUUAAUUAACUUAAUCCUGGAAAAAUAACUUAUAAGUAAAGCACAAAUAGGAAUUAAAGCUGUCUCGAAAUGCUGCAGUUCAUUAUGGAACACCAUAUUGUUACAGCAAUCUUUUAGACUGAUCAAAUGAAUGGACAACUGAUCCAUUAUUUUUUAUAUAUGACCUGGUUCACCAGGAGAAUGUUGAAGGAUCCAGCCUGCAAAAUCAACAGGGUCUGAUUCAGAAUAAUUGAUUCGACUAUUUCUCUUGUUCCCAGUAUCUUAGUCCUAACUGUGGCAUCCCAUUGUGCUGAAUAGAAUAACAUUCAAUGUAAUUUAGGCUUACAGUUUCUGAAAAUAAUCACAAUUCAUCUAUAGCAGAGCUUCCCUGUUUGUGACAAUUCUCACCAGUACUGAAUACUUUUAUUCCUGAUCCUUAUGUGCUAACCUGCCAUGCUCAGUCAGAGAAAGAGAGAGUAGACACUCAGUAACACUUUAGUGGGGAUUUGAAGGGUGAGGAGAGAAUUGAUGUAAAUCAGUUCAACAUUGAAUAUGAGUAUUGGCACCUUUCUUAACAAAAAUAGCACUUAUUUGUAGUCAAGGGCAGCUAGUCAAAUAUAACGACUCAUGACCCUGAAUUCUUAUCUAAGAACACAUCUAGCUAGUUCAAAAAGACUCUGGUAAGUAUCAUGAUAGUAGAGAUAUCCAGAUAUGUAUCCACAUCAGCAACACACAUAAAAGCUGCUUACACGUUUGGAUAUAUAUUUAUGAAUCAGGGCAGAAGGCUUCUGGGGUGCGGUCUGCAGUGUCUUCACAGUCUGAUCUUGCAUAAUUGUUACACCAGUUCACUUUGACUGGAACAUAGGAUACUCAGUCAAGCACACAAUUUAAGUUAAUCAAGCAAAAUGAAUGAAAGUUAUUCAUGUUCAGACAUUACAAAGAGCUACAGAAUUUGCUCUCCUGUACAAAAGGACCAAACUGUGUAUCCAAUGCAAAUUGAAUAAUACACUGAGAAAUACCUUCUGAUUUUUAAGACAUGUUUAAGAAAACUAACUGCACUUUUAAUUAGAAUGAGUAUGACCUCUUUUUAAUAACUGUAACAAAAUAAUGUAGUCCUACAGCAUAAUGUAGUCCUACACUGAAGAAGCAAAUAAAAGUUUUAUAGCACAAGUAACAAGUGAGGUACGCUACAGAUGUUGUCCCUUUCAGUCAUCAGCUGUAUUGCACACAACAGAGAAUAUGUACCAAAACCAUUACUGUUCUACAAAACAGGUGGAUUUAAUAGUGAAACCUGUUGUACAUGCUUUGUACUUGGGUUAACGAAAUGUACAGCAGAUAUAGGAAGUGUAUUGGUGUAUCCUUAUUUUGUAAUCAUCCUAUAUUUUAAAGCAGAGUUUUGUAAUUAGAACAAACGUACUCAAGUUUCAAGCCAAGAUUCUAAUAAUAGCUGUGAAAUCAUGACCCUCUUAUACCCAGUUUAAUGCGUUGUUUUCUAUGUGAAGAACAGUGCCUCUCUGCACUUUGUGUAGAUAAUGUAGCUUAUCUUUGUGUAAUUUCAGUGAAUUUGUGAAUAUAGUAUUAAUGGUUGGUUGAUUUUAAUAUAAUUUAACAUCAAUUGAGUUGGAGUGGAUUCUUUAUCAUUCGUGUUUUGAAAUGAUUUUUUGUUGGGUUGGUUAGUUGCUUUGUUGUCUCCAUACCCAAAUAUUAAUGGAAUAAUCUCCAUAGUUGGAUAACCAUUUUUAUAUGUUGGUAAUAUGAACAGGUUGAUGCAUGUUAUGUUUGAAUAAUUAUCAGAGUUUGACAAUGCAGCCAAUUCACUGUAAAUAUUGUAGUCUUUGUUUUCAUAUAUAUAAACAGUAGCAUAUGUGAGAGUGUGUGCAAGUGUGUGUAAAUCCCUGGCAUUUUGUGAAUGUGACUGGUUGAUUUGUUGCACUGUGGAUGCAAUAUCACUACUAUGUUAAUGAAUUAAUAUAGAUUACUAUUAUUUUGAGUUUAUACUAUCAGUGUAGCUUCUUCUGUACAUUUGAAUGAUUGGAAAUGUACAGUGUCAUCCUUAAGCAGAAUCAUACCCUUCUAAGUCCCUCCAAUGGACUUAGAAGAGUGUAGCUCUGGACAGGAUGGGACUGGUAGUGACAUAACAUCAGUAAGUCACUGCAUUGAUUAGCACAUUGGUCAUAAGGAAAAACCAGCCUUACUGUACUCUGCCUUGGAUGCCAUAUUUAUCUUUUGCAAUUGCAAUUUGAAUUUUUGCUUUGCAACAUGGAAUCCACAGUCACCCAGCAGAAUUUCAAGAUUCCUGUGAUGUUCAGUCAUUCUCCGUUGUUCACUGGCUGCAGCACUGCAAAGACUGAGCAUGCUCUUCAUGUUUAAAUCAAAGUCUACACAGGCAUCUUAAGUGGAAUUAUUUAUGUUACAGAGUCAGCUAACCAGAAGCACACAAACUAGUAUGGUGUCCUUUUUGUAUAUUAUAAAAUAUUGAAAGUAUAACUAUAAAUCCAUUCAUACCUGUAGAAAAAACAAAAAGUAUAGUGUUUUUGAGGUGUACUUUAUACCUUUCUUUUUUAAAAUACACUGAUUUGUCAAAUAAUUUUCAUUUUCUAUUACUCAUUUACCAUGUAUUAAGAAAUAUGUGUUUUUUUUAAUUCCCCUUAGGCUACUAGUUGAAAAAUAGCUAAAGUGAACAACCCUAUGAACAUCAGGUUACACAGAGAAGAAAUUCUCAAAUUAGUUUGUGGAGAUUUUGUACAAACUUGCAAGUCACCUGGAUUAAUAAAGUUUAUUCAUUUUACAUUCAAUGUACAACCCUCUACCAUUAUUGGCAUUAACAUUGCAGGAACAUACAGUUGCCUGAGAAAUUAUUUAUUGCUUUUGCUCGAGCAAUAUAAUAGUUUUUUUCUCUUGGGUAACUAUUCUUAUGGGUCACUGUUCUUUUUCUCUUGGAUAACUAUACUCUAUCCUAGGCUACAAUUUUUCCUAUGGUCAGUUCUGGCUUUUCUUUUAUGAAUUUCCUCUAACUGUUGCAAAGCAGAAGUUUUGCAGAUCUCAGUGAUCUUGAUGACUGCAGUCACAACUCUGGAAACAGGAAGGGGAAGAUCCACAUAAUUCCAAGGAAUGCAUAUAUGUCUGUUUCUGUAUCUCACCACAGGAAAAUCUUAUGCUGGUGGCCAAAGUAAAUAUGUCCCCUUAGCCUGCAUCGCUGUACCGUCAUCCUUGCAAUUAUUGCCCAGCCUUAGGCAUCAAAUGGUUUCUGUCAAGACAGAUCCAUUCAUUAGAUGGAUUCUUAUAAGAUAUUUUACGGAAAUGAAGGAAGCUUGGUCUUCAACUUUAACUGAAAAUACUCAUCUGGGACUUGAAAUGUUGUAUUGUACAGUACUGUACCACUAAGACUAAUGAAUGCAGGUGAUAAAACUUUCUAUUCACUCUGGUUAUCUUCUUGUGCUCUAUACUAGAAAUGCCUGAUUUAUUAAGCUUACUUGGUAGUUGUAAUUCUCCUUCCAAUCUAUUUCUCUGUAUCUUUAGUGUAUUCUUUUAAUUCUUUCUUACUGUGUGAAUUGAUUUCUGUAACUUAUGUAUAAAAUAAAACUGGAUAUUCUUUCUAUACUGGAAAUAAUCAGCAAAGACAAUAUUUCACUAAGUGUUGUACUUUUUAUGUACAUAUCCUCAAUAAAUGUGGAGUCAUAAUUUUCAUGCUU